CCUGGGAAUGUCCCUCCUCUCCACCCCCACAGCAAAGUCUCCAGUUCUCCAACAGAUGUCUGUUUGGCAGCUCUGAAGUCCAAGUACGCGCUGGAUGCAGCGCAGUCCCGCGCGCGCUGGGGUUGGGGGACCCCAGCAGGCGAAUGCCAGCAUCAGCAUGAGAGGCUGGUCUUCAGCCCAGGUCGGUGCUCAGCCCGGGGGCCCGCUGCCUGGCCCGGUGCAUCUGAGAAGAGCUGCUCACGUUGCCCCCUCAGGAGUCUUUGUUCCCAGCCCGACAUUGCUCGGAUUCUCGCUUUAACUCCCUCCACUCCAAAGGGGUCCGGCGGCUGGGAUGCUCUGCCCUCUCAAAGGAUGCUGACCCUGGAGUGGGAGUCGGAAGGGCUGCAAACAGUGGGUAUUGUUGUGAUUAUAUGUGCAUCUCUGAAGCUGCUCCAUUUGCUGGGACUGAUUGAUUUUUCAGAAGACAGCGUGGAGGAUGAGCUGGAGAUGGCCACCGUCAGGCAUCGGCCUGAGGCCCUGGAGCUGCUGGAAGCCCAGAGCAAGUUCACCAAGAAGGAGCUCCAGAUUCUUUACCGAGGAUUUAAGAAUGAAUGCCCCAGCGGUGUUGUUAACGAAGAUACCUUCAAAGAGAUUUACUCACAGUUCUUUCCACAGGGAGACUCUACAACGUAUGCACAUUUUCUGUUCAAUGCGUUUGACACAGACCACAAUGGAGCUGUGAGUUUUGAGGAUUUCAUCAGGGGUCUUUCCAUUUUGCUCCGGGGGACAGUACAAGAAAAACUCAACUGGGCAUUUAACUUGUAUGACAUAAACAAAGAUGGUUACAUCACUAAAGAAGAGAUGCUUGAUAUCAUGAAAGCAAUAUACGACAUGAUGGGUAAAUGCACAUAUCCGGUCCUCAAAGAAGAUGCUCCCAGACAACACGUGGAGACAUUUUUCCAGAAAAUGGACAAAAAUAAAGAUGGAGUUGUUACUAUAGAUGAGUUCAUUGAAAGUUGCCAAAAAGAUGAAAACAUAAUGCGCUCCAUGCAGCUCUUUGAAAAUGUGAUUUAACUUGUCAAAUACAUCCUCAGACAAAUGUGAAUGAUCCUACCACACAAGUGGGAGCUGCCACUUUUAGCAUAGACUGCUCAGCUUGACACUGAGGCAUAUUAUGCAAACCAGCUUUGUUUUCAUAUGAAACA